GAGUAUUAAUUGUUAGAUUUACUUAAAUAAAUUAUAUACCGAUUUAAGUAUUUUUGGAUGAAAUAGUAACUAGCAAUGGAAUUACAUUGCCAAAUUUUGCUAUACCUUGAUAAAAGGCGUUUUCUAAUUGAUAUGAAUAAUACGUGUAAACAAUUCAUAAAACAAUUAAAUGAGAAAACAAUAAGUAAAUAUCCUCCAUGUAGACACUUAUUGGAAAUAGAUGUAAUAGAUUUACUUGAGAAGUAUCCUGCAAUUGGAGAAAUUCUUCUAAAAGAGCCAUAUAAGUGGCAAAGCGUCUGUAAUGAAAUUUUAUUUGCAUGUUUACAAUCGUCAGAAAAUGAAUGGGUUCAAUACGUAAUGUUAACACAAGUAGCAGUAAUUUUACGAUUAAAAUGUAUACCAAACCUACUUACUAAUUCGAAUCCUCGCCAUUAUAAAGGGCUGGUAUUAUUCCAAGGCUUAUUAUUAUCUAUAUCAAAACCAGAAAGUUACGCAUAUCAUACUGUUUGGUCUUGCCCACAAGAGUGUGAAGGUAAUGAAACUGUUAUACAAUAUAUACCAAAAACCCCACCAAAAUGCUACAUUUGUAAAAGCAUUCUUUUCGAAAACAGUGGAUUGCGACGUUGUGGCGAGCAAGUAACAGCUAUGUUAAAAAUUGAAAAUAAUCUAUUGUUAAGACGAUUUACUAUUAAUGAUGAUUUAAUUUGUAAAUUAAAACUGGGAUCUACAUACAUACUGCAUGCAGUAAUAACAAAAAAACUUUCAACGGUGUGGUCUUUAGAAGAAAUUAUACCUUUGCCAGUAUUAACAACGUUGUGUGUUCCUAAAGAUAUUGAAGAAUUGUAUCAAGUAUGCAAAGCUGUACCAUGGAAAUUUAUAUACUGCCUUGCAUCAAGUAUAGGAGUAAACAUUUGCCCCUUAAAUUGCUACAUGCAUUUGAAAAUAAAUUUGCUACUAAGUUUGACCAGUGUCAAAGCCAGUGUCCUAAAUAAUUCGCAUAUUAUUCAUGUUUUCGCUGCCGGUCAUGAUACUGGGUUUGUUGGACAAGUUAUGGGAGAAGGAGCAAAAUUAUCUGACAGAUACCAAAACUUAGGAACAGUAAAUACUGCUGUAACUUCAACAUUAAUAGGCUCAUCAGGUGGUGUUUGUUUAAUGCCUUUGCCAUUUUACGUCUAUAAUCAAAAGCAGACAUCUUCUCUCCUUUCGGCAAUGGAAUCAGGGGAAAUAAUUACUGAUACACAUCGAGGAAAACUUCAAUGUGCAGUUUGGGCACAUGGCAUGGAUAAUAAAAGAGGAAUUUUAUUUAAUGUCACUAAUAUUUUUGGAAUGGUUAGUCGAGGUGAUUAUGGGGAAUACAGUGACAAAAUUGUAGACUUUCUUUUGCAAAACGCUAUAGAACCCUCACCUAACAGCUUUGAUGAAAUGAACGCAUUAAAGGACAUAUCAUCGUAUAUCGACUUGAUUGCAGGAUUACGAGUUUCAUUAGAUAACCAUUGUGAAAAUCUUAUAAGAGAUUAUUUUUUGGCGUCUCGCAAAAUGAGACCUAGAGCUGUGUCGGUAAGAACAAUGGACGCCUUAGUAGCAGUUUGUCUCACUUCUGCGAGACUUUGUCGGCGACCUGUGGCUUCAAUUGAUGACGCAAUAUUCGCGAUUUGGUUACAUGUCAGCGGUAUUUCAGAACAUGGAAUCGCUCCUGAAGAAUAUUUACAAGCACCAUCAGAUAUAAAAGAGUUACAAAAGAAUAUUAUUAAUUUUAAAACUUGGUUACUCGAAUUCACUGGUAAUUGUAUAGUUUAAAUAAAAAAUGUAG